AUGCAUCCAGGCUUGCUAACUGACGCCCCCGCUAUGGCCACACAACUCCAGGCCGUCUACGACCCCCGCCCGCCCACGCCGCCCACAUCCCCGCCUCCGCUGGACGAUGGUCUCGUCGAGAGCGGUGUGGGGCUGCCGUCGGUCGUGUGCAAGGCGGCCGAGGUGAGCCGCAGGUCCAUCUCGGAGGAGACGCGCCUCUCGCUCAGGGACAUACACUUUAUCGACAGUUCCUCGGGUUCCGAGGACGACGGGGGCGAGUGUGGGCGCCGUGAUCGCGGCGAGAGUGCGUGCGAGGGCGGCGAGGAGGCUGGCAGGGAAGACGCCGUAUUGAUCCGUGACGAGGUGUGCGCAGCGGAGGGGGACUCCGCCAGUGCUUCGGUGGGAGGUGACGAGCACACAGCAGCGCCGCGCCGCUCCCGCAGCCAUGACGGAGGCCGGCCAGCUGCGGUCAGUGCGCCACCCAGUGAGUGUGUAAUGCAACAUAAGUGCGGUGCGGCGCCGCCCCCGGACACAGGUGAGGGCGCCGCGCCUCAGGCCCUCAUGGCGGCAUCCGACGCUGCCCAUCAGCAGCCUGUAGGCUCGGGAAGUGCCAUGGUCACUACGAGCUCCAGCGGCGCCCCUCUGCGCUCGGCCCUUAAGCGGGCAGGCCAGAGGAGCAAGGGGCAUCGCGUCAGCAUAAAUGAGGCCAAAAAUGAGUGUUUGGAGGCCGACUAUGUGAUUCUGGUGCAUGAGGAAAAUGAACCUCAACUUGUGUCGAUUAGGUCGUUCGACCUGAGCCUCCUGCCGGGCUCGGGGGAUGUGGAGCAGCUCACCCUCUCGCCGCCCGAAGGAUACAAGGACUGCUUCAGCCACGCCGUGCACGAGACCAUCGUCGACGACUCAGACACGGAGUCCGGGAGCGGUGAUGGUAUCGUGGACCCCGAGGCUCCGAGACCUCACCUGCCAGACUUGGUCACCCACCAGACGCCGCACACGCAGUUGACAGUGGAGAAUGUGCGGCAUCAUGACCAGUUGAUGCAGGGAAAGGACACCGAUUCUUCCGACCCGAAAGUGGCCAAGACCGGCAUUCUCAAGGGAGGGAAACUCUGGAAGAACGGCGACGGCAAGAGAAGCAGAGCCAAGGUCGAAGUCGAAGAAGUGGAGGAGCCAAGACGUUCCGUGAGGUUCUCCGGGCGGGAUGAAUACAGCCUGCUAGAGAACCUGCCGCUCGACAAGAUACCGUUGGAUGCUGCGAACUCGGCAGCGCUAGCCAAGUUCAUGCCGAAGUUGAGGGAGCUUGGGAUGCUGCUAGGGGAGUCGCAGGAGGACUGGCACGUGGAGCUGAGUCCCCUGAACCAAGAAAUGGGAGGUGGUGCCGCCGUCCCAGUCACUGAGCCGUUGCCCGAGGAGCAAGAAAAGCAGCCUCCGCCGCAGAUGGAUGAUGAACAGAUCAGCGAGUCCAUGAAGCGUUACGAGGAAAUGCGCCGUCGCAUCGCCGUGGCGGAGGGCCGCGACAACACCAGCGUCUGCAGCGACGAGUCCAAGAGCUCGUCGGAUUCGCAGUCGUCAGAUUCCACCAUGACAGAGACAAGAAUAAGAAGACUGGAGAACUCGGAUGUCGCCCACGUUGCUGGCGGCGUGAUGAGGAGCAACAGCGAGGUGAGGAGAGCCAUCGAGCGCAACGCCCUCCGGAGAUCUCUCAUCCGAUUCUCCGAGGCGCGGAAGAAGGACACCAAUAAGAAUGAGAGGAAUGAGAAGGGCGAAACGUCGCUGCUGGAGAAGCUGAAAUGGCUGACUGCCUCGGAAGAUGCAACCAAUGGGAAUAGUGAGGACAGAGAGGGCGAGGACGGCGAGGAUGCGAAGACCGAGCAAGAGAAGCCGAAGGAGGUGGACCCGAAGGUACAGGAAACCAUUGCUCAAUACCGGAAGCUCGCCGAAAUGUUUAACAAGACGACGUCACUUCGAGCAAAUGACAUCUUGGUUCCAGGAGACGUCCGCGAGUGGAAGCUGCAGGCCGAUUUGUUCCCUGAUAAAAAAGACACUUCCAUCGAAAAGGAACCGGAAGAAAUGAGCGAUGCCCCUUCAGGCUCCACGACGCCCACUGUGUUCAAGGCUAUCCCAGCGGUGUCGCUUGCUGACCUCAUCACUGAUGAAGAAAAUGACAAGCUAAUAUACAGUGGCGGCGUGAGGUAUACCCGCGAAGGAACGUUGCCAACUGCAGAAGAAGGUGGCGAGGAACAGGAGGAAGGAGAGCAACAGGAAUCUUCAUCGACCUCGUCGGUAGCAGAUGCCAGAAAACAAUUCCUUUCACAGAUGGCAAACCAUCCAUCAGUGCCACUUGUUAAUGGAGUAGCCACUCAUUCACGAGACAGGUCAUCCGUUGCAUCAAAUUCUGAUUCAUAUACAUUUGAUGACAUUGACGAAGCCUUGCAUGAUGACCGCUCCUCUUCGGUACCUUCCUCCUCACAGUCGUCCCCGCGGCUGUCUGGCAGGAGUGACGUCGAUGGGACGAGUACCACAGAGAGUGGAUACAGCAGCAAUGAGACAAACGGGGAGCUCUGUCCUGUCAAUGGAUUGCCAAUGACAGGAGCACAACUUCUUGGAUUACCUGCAAGUGGCAUUGACAUAGAUGAAUUGGCAGAAUUUGUCCGGCAGGAUGCUGGAAGGAUUGAGCGUCUUCGCAGGAGGUAUGACGCCGGGGAAGUGGAGGAUCAUGGCUUUAAUCGGCGGCCCUCAGUAAGAGGGAUCAAACCAAGGUUUGGCUCUACCACAGAUUUACUGAAACAGAUGGCUACACAACUGGCUCCACCAGCGAUGGCUCAGCCGGGUAUGGCAGGAUCCCAUAUGACUUGGCCAUACAGAGAAAGUGGAGAGGAGGACGGUUCUGUUCCUCAGAGGCGGAGAGCAGCUCCAAACAGAGCAGUUCUUCCAGCACUGCAAGAAGAUAUACUGUAUGUGCCUACAUCUGACCUUUCUCCACAAGCAGCUCCACCGUCAGUAUCCACAGCUGUAGCCACCCCCACUUCACUCACGCACACAAAGACUCCACGUGUGGUCCAUGUCUACUCUAGCACAGGUGACCUAAGAGCUCCACCACCACCUCGGCUGAUCGCUCCAAGAGAGUCCCCUCCUCCAGAUUUGAUUCGCCCGGGGGCCACUCCAGCUCCACCUCGUGCUCACAGCCAUGUACCAAUGCCACAUCAUGGCUCUGUGCAGAGUCUGGGCAUGCCUCCGCAAAUGCCAGCACCAAAUGUACACGACCAUCAUUAUCAAAUUUGCAGAAGACCUGCAUCCGUGCAUGGUCAUGUGCCAGCUGAUGCUCUCGUGACGAGGGGAGUACUUCCUCCGCCUGUUGCACGUCCUCAUUCCACACUCUCUCACUACCCUCCUCCGCGUGUCCCCGCUCAUUAUCACCCCUAUGAAGAGCCUCCACUUCAGCGUGCUCCAUAUGAUGGUGGACAUCCACCUCUGGCUCAGCGUGGAUCUUACCCGGGUACAAUACCUCCUCCACAGUAUCAUCAACAGAUGCUUCAACCAGAUCUAGGAAGAUACCCCAAUCCUCCCAGUUAUGGAUCACAACACCUACAUUCACGUCCUCCAGUAGCCUCACCACGAGAAGGGGUGCCUUACUCACGCACACCACAUCCGCAGGCACACCCUCUUCCUCAGGUAUCUCCUAUAGCCCCAGGACCAGUCCAGGUGCACCAGUGUGGCCCAAGACACCCUCCUCCACCAAGAAUGGUGGGUGGGACAGUGACUGAACAAGCUUGUUCAACCGUAUGGUCACAUCAUCCACCACCACCCCACAUUCACCAAAGCUACCCACCUCACCCAGUGUCUAGUCACCUGAGUUACACCACACCUAUUGUGCCCGAAAGUGGUAUAUCUGUCAGGCCAAGCGGAGCUGUCAUUGGUCCUCCAAUAGGUCCUCCUAUUGGGCCGCCUCUCAUUAAUGGGAAUGUCGGGAAACUAGAAGGCCUGAGAGAUGAGCGGGGUGUCCCAGAGGGAGCAUCAUCAUCUCCACGAGGUCCAUUAGACCCACAGUAUCCUCCUUCUCACACCUCUCCAACCCAUGAAACAAACAUCCUUCACAGGCACCCCCCACCGCCGAUGAACAUGACCUGAGAGAUUCCUGACCGUUCUGGUUUCUGAUUGGCCCUGUGCAGUCAAAUUGUUGCCUAGCUAAGUUCGAGUCUUGGCACCAGGCUGAAUUUCAUCCCGGUACUGGCUGGUCCAGCCCGGAACACAAGGCUAUGAACCAGAGGGACCUAAGGCACUGUUGAGAGACUUUGAUCAAAUAAAAAUGCUCAUUAAUUGAACUUCUAUAAAAUAUUCUUUUGUAGUUUAAAAGUGUAGGAUAACCAUGUACUCCUUCGUGUUGGCACAUGUUCUGACAUUGUCUUCCCAGGUGAUCUAUGACAUGCUAUAAUGUUGCCAAAUGGUUUGUGACCAAAAUGCCAAAAUUGUUGACAGCAUACAGAUUUUACGGUACUUGAAGCUAUUUUAUUACAAACGUGAUGGGAAAGGACAAUCCUAGUUCAUUUUUUUCUUACCCUAAUAACUUAAUGUACUUUAUAUAAUGUUUCCUGUAGGGUGCAUGUGAUGAGAUGUAGGUGUUCUUUAAAAUUGUCGUGGAUGGAAGAAAUUUUGUAUAAUGGAUUGUGAAGUCUUGCUCUUGAGGCAAAUGAAUGUUGAGACAUCUUUUUAUCAGUGGUCCCAGGUGCAGUGAUAUACAUGAUUUUGUUAUUAUUAUUUUAUUUAUUGCUUUUUUGGUAGAUUUAAGUGACAUAUAAUAUACAUAUAGCCCUGUCAGAUGUAUAAUAAUGGGUACCAAGUAUUUCAUAAUUCUAUAUUUCAGCAGUCAGACAUAAUGAUAUAUACUAUUUAGAUACGUAUAUGAGGUUUUUGUACCUUGUAGAGAGAGAAAAAAUAAUGUUUUUGAUAGUUUGAAUUAACUGUUUUUGCUUACAUAUUUAGUAAGUUAGGUCAGGUCAAAUAUGUGAAAUAUUUUUUUUUAGGUAUAGAUAUUUCCAGUUCAAGUUAUCAAACAAUUGCAGCUUAAAUAACAUCCUCUUAUUUUCUCCUGAUUUUACACAUAUUGCAAUAUACUUUUCAUAAAUCUGACAUUUUCUCGGAAGAGAAAAUGUCUUGAUAAAGGUCUAUUUCACUCUUUAGCAUGUUACUGGUUACUAGCUUUAAUAAUUUCAUCACCAUUCAAAACGGCAGCAUUAACAAACGUCUUCCAGGGUUGCAAGUUCAGCCAUCAGCCCAUCAGGUCAAUCACUUGUUGAGACAGUAACAAUCAGUUCAUCUGUGUUGCACAGUGAUCAAACCUCGGGUGCAGGAUUUAUUUACGAGAAUUGUCGAUUCGUCCCAUUUCGAAAAAAAAACCUUUCCAUUCCCCCCCUUGAGAAAAAGGACAAAUCCUGCACCGUUUUCCUUUAUCUUUAUUUAUCCAAGUCGCUCUAUUUUCCACUGAUAGGAAAAUAGUACUGCGACGCCAUUCAACUUACUGAAAACACUGAAGAGACAGAUGUGCUGAAGCAUCACUGCCGAUGUGGAUUUUACGAUGUGUAAAAAAAAGACUCUCAUAUCUUGCUCACAAAUUAGAGAAUUGUUCUAAGAUGACUUCUAAUAAGAAUAAAACAAAACUAGAUAAAUUGUAGAAAUUGGAAGUUAGGGUGGGAUAGAUGGUUAUUUUCUCUUUAGUUCCAAAAGGUAGUUUUUGUAGUUUGCCGAAACUGCAUAGUAAAAUGAUUAAUCAUUAGCACAACUGUUUCAUGUAUUUUCUGUCAGAAUCUAACUCCUUAAAUUGCAGUUUCUCACUGUUGAUGAAUAAUGAAUAAUCAAAUGCAAAACCAAAGACUAGGUUUAGGAAACUUAAUUUAGUCUGGCAAAAAGACCAAAGUUUUUUUUUUUUAUUAUUGUUUUUUUUUUUUUUUUUUUUUUUUUUAUUGUCAGUAUAAAUGUUCAUAAGUUGAAAGAAAAAUGUUCUUAUUGCUGUACCUGGGAUCCAGCAGUAUUUCAACAAGUUAGGGGUAAGAUGCACAUACAUGGGCCUUUCAUCUACCAACAGCAAGUUACAUCAGUUAAUUGGGAAAAUGGAUAUCAAGCCUUUGCAUUAAGGAAAAGGAAAAGGAAAAAAAAACAUGGAAUGACUAUUUCUCCAAGAUUUUCUGCUCCUCCCCCUCACACACAAAAUAUGUGUAUUUUGGAUUCAGACGAAAAAAUAUAGUUUUGAUAUCGUAUUCCUUGAUUUUUUUCUGAAACUGCUGUGACUAGAUUUGGUCCCAUAAUCGGCUGAACCAGAGUGUGCCAAGUAAAUAGGUCCGAUGUUUAAACUCGAAAGAAGAAAAAAAAAAAAAACAACAUUUUAGUCACAUGUACUUCGAAGAAAAAACAAACACACAAAAGUUAUAGUGAAUAUGUAAUAAAGGCCUUUUUUGAAAUAA